UGGAAAUGCAUGAGUCCUUGAGGCCACCAACUCUGUACUGUCUGUCUUUGACUCUUUGGUUAAAGCGUUCAUCUCAGUCUUGACGCCCAAGCAUAGAUGGAGAAGCAGAGAAGUUUCUCCUUGAAACCCACAAGACUACUGGUAUUUUCCUUCACAAUCACUUCCUCUGUCGUCUUCUUCACCUUCUUUACUAUCUGGGUCAUCAAAUCCACACCUUCAGUUCGCCAAGAGACCCUUUUCCGGUUCAAUGAAUCGUCCCUCCGUUUGGGUCUCAGAUCAGUAACUGUUCAGACAUUAUCUACUUCCGGUGGAAAUUUUUCAGCAACUGGUGAGAAAAAGUCGAUUGAUGCCCACUAUAGGAGACUCGAAAAUGUUUCUGGGUUCGCUUCGAUUUCAGUUUUUGGUGGGCUACGGAGAAAGGAAGAUGGGCCUGGAGUUCCAGUAGAUGGAGGAGGCAAAGGUGAUUUGUUAAGAAUGCAUGAGAGUGUACCUGAGACUUCGUCUGAGAAAAUUGAACUUCCAAGUAGUAAGAGGGGUGCGGAUAAGAGGAUUCGUGCAACUUCAUCCGAGAAAAUUGAAGUUUCAAAUAGUGAGAAGGUUGAACAGAGGAGAGUAAAAGAUUGUGAUUUAACAAAUGGGAGGUGGGUUUAUGAUGAGAGCUAUCCUUUAUAUACAAAUGGUUCGUGUCCUUUCAUAGAUGAAGGUUUCAAUUGCAAGCGUAAUGGAAGAAUGGACAAGAACUACAUGAAGUGGAGAUGGCAACCACAAGAUUGUGAGAUUCCAAGGUUUAAUGCAACGAAAAUGCUGGAAUCGAUCAGAGGGAAAAGACUAGUUUUUGUGGGAGAUUCAAUCAAUAGGAAUCAAUGGGAAUCCAUGCUGUGUAUGUUAAUGGGAGCUAUUAGAGAUCCAAAGAGGGUUUAUGAGAUCCAUGGGAGGAGAAUUACCAAAGAGAAGGGAAAUUAUAGUUUCAAAUUUGUGGAUUAUAAGUGUACAGUUGAAUACUAUGUGACACAUUAUCUAGUUCAUGAGAGCAAGGCCAGAGUAGGUCAGAAGCGGGUUCAGACCUUGCGAAUUGAUAGCAUCGAUCGCGGCACAUCAAGAUGGAGAGGUGCUGAUAUUUUGGUUUUCAAUACUGCACAUUGGUGGUCACAUUACAAGACAAAAGCAGGGAUCAAUUACUACCAGGAAGGGAACCAAGUUCAUCCCCGGCUUGAUGUUUCAACGGCUUUCAGAAGAGCUCUGAUGACUUGGGCAUCAUGGGUUGAUAGGCGCGUCAAUCCCAGAAAAACCCAAGUUUUCUUUCGAAGUUCAUCACCUUCCCAUUUCAGGGGAGGGCAGUGGAAUUCAGGUGGGCAUUGCCUGGAAGCUACUCAACCCCUCAACGAAACUUCAAGCAUCAGUUACACUGAGAAGAAUAUUAUUGUAGAGCAGGUCAUAAAGCAGAUGAAGACUCCUGUUACUUUCUUGAAUAUUACUGAUUUGUCAAGUUAUAGGAUAGAUGGGCAUCCAUCCAUAUAUGGAGGAAAAUCAGGGAAGCGCUCUUCUUCAACCAUUCAAGAUUGUAGUCAUUGGUGUCUUCCUGGCGUUCCCGAUACAUGGAACGAGAUUUUGUAUUUUCUUUUGCAGUCUCAACGAUAGAAAAUCCUUUUUCUUUUUCUUUUUUUUUUUCUUUUUAUUUUUCUUUUUAUAUUUAACGCCUGUUUGAUUUAGGCUGGCUUGUAUAUUUUAUUUUUUCAUUUUUUUGGGAGAUGUACAAAUACAAAUAUUAUUCUCACUUAUUGAGGUU